AUGUCGAAGAAUGCUGCCAUUUCUCCGUCGUCGUCUACUGAAUUCGAUUGGAUAAUCGAUUCUGGCACUUCCAAGCAUAUGACGCCCUUCCAGUCGAUUUUUGCCAAUUUCAAGCCUUACCGCAUACCCGUCAUUACCGCAACAGGUCAACGUUUCUUUACUGAGAGCUUUACAAUCCUGAUGCCACCAAAGAACUCUAUGUUUCUGCGGUUCUCGACAAGGAUAAACCCUCCAAACUAG